AUAGGUUGGAUCCAAUGUUAUGACGAUUUUCUUGAAAAUCUGAACCUUUACUGAUUUGGAUAUAAAUUAGUUGCAUGAAAGAAAAUAAUUACAAAAUAGGCAAUUACAAUGUCUUGCAAAGCAGACGGCACCCAGCUGAUAACAGCUGAUAAGUGGCUUCUUGAGCAAGAUUCUAUCGUCAACUCGAAAGUUCUAGAAGCUCAUAGUUCUUGGAUCAUGUCAGUCUAAAAUCGGUUUUGUCAGUUAUGUCGUUAUGUUAUACGCUCGAAUUACGAUCCACGCAGUAAAGCCUCUUCGACGCCAGUGUUAUUCUUCUUUGGGUUCGUUUGAUUUGGGAUAAAUGGUGAUUUGACGUUAUGCUUGCUACGUAAUUUCCUCCAGGAAAUGACGUCACGAUAUCUUCUUGCUGCCCAGAGAUGUAUUAAGUCAACCUAGUCCAAGGAAAGGCGAGCGAGAAACGAGAGUAUGGCAUCGACUGCUGAAUAUCUGCUGGGACCAGAGUACACCUACGAGAGCCCUUGUGUUGGGGUAACCUGAGCAGGGGGCGGCGACCCCCUCGCCUCGGCGCAUGCUCUCGGCUCCCCUCGGCGUCAGGACCUCAGUCUCUCUCGAAACGACCCUGGGAAAAAAGUACAUAUCCACGAAGUUAAGGACUGUGCCAGAUAACAUGAAAUUAGUGAUGUUCGUAAUAGCCACCUUUGGGUAUUUCGUUGAUGUCAAAGGCAUACCAAUCUACGGCCUGCACACGGAGUCGCCGCCGCAGCUGGGGAUGACGUGGCUGCAGAAGGACCUUGACAUACAGGAGGCUUCGGAGCACAUCACGGUCUGUCUCCAUCUGCGCCUGCAUUUCAUCUACACGGAUCCUGCGCUCGUCCUUUACAUCGAUGGCACUUUCUUCGGUGUAGUGUACGAAGGAAAGUUCGCUCUGUUCAACGCACGGUACUUUUGGUCGAGCGAGACCCACCCCUCUAUUAGGGCGUGGUCGCACCUGUGCUACGUGUUCGGAGGAGACCCUGGAGUGGCGGUGGGCGGGCGCUACGUUCCAGGCCGGCGACAGGGGGACCUCGGUGACCCCCCGCCCAUUGUGGCGCCGAGAAACCUGACCCUCGGGAUGCCUUUAGGAGCAUCGGAUCCCUUAUCCUCCAGCCCCGUCGGAGGAUUCUUCACCGUUCCGCGAGUCUAUACAAGGAAGCUCACAGAAGACGAGAUACGGACCCUAGCUGAGUGCGGCGAAGGCCCCGACGAUGACCUGGGCGCGGGGUCAUGGCAGGUCAGGUGGUCGCGAUGGGACGGCCCUGAAAGCACUCGCACUGUAGAUUUCAGCAACGUACCCGACACACUCCUCACACCCUUGAAUUACGAAGCUUAUGAAUUCCACAACCUGACACCGUCAGCCUUGUUUGGGAACAUCCCCGCCGAGGCCAUAUGCUCCCCUCAGCCCAACUCCAAGUACAUGCUGGUGCGCGCCGACCGGAUCGCCUACCCGCCGGCGGAGAGGCUCUGCUCGGUGUACGGCGGGCGACUGCCGGAGACUUUCGACGAGCCCAUGGUGACGCAUAUGAAGCAGGUUAUGAUUACCUUGCCUGACCUGAUGCUGUUUACGUGGAUUAAAUCGAACGGGAACAAGACGUGCAGGUCGCUGGGCAUCCAAGCCAGGAAGGACGUUGCUCUCGACAUGUCCAUUGGCUGCGGACACACGUCUCAACAGCUGCUUUGCCAGGUACCCUGGUCAUCAUACGUGGAGCUCCGGCACAGCGGUCCAGCCGGAUAUAACGACCGCUUCUUCCUGCUCACUCGCGGAACAAAGCCGAUAUUCCUCUCGCAAGAUGGGCGUCAGAUUGUGAGCGACGGAACGAGCGGGAUCGAACUCAAGCUCUUGGACAGCGCCGGCGAGGUCUUGGCCACCGCGAGGACCGCCCGGAGGUUCCACCCGAUGGGCCGCCAUGCCUGGAGGGACGCGGCCACCAACGCGACAAGGACCAUGGUUCUCUCGGCGUGCGGCCAGACGGAAUUCACGUGCGACGACGGCUGGUGCGUCCCCCUGUCCACCCGCUGCGACGGCGCCAACGACUGCGGCGACGACUCCGACGAGGCUUGCUCCGUGCUGCUGCCUCUUCCUCCGACGUAUCGCGCCGACCGGCCUCCGCUCCCACGCACACCGCUGUCUCUGCUCGUCCGUCUGGUCAGAGUGCAUGAUGUGGAUGUGGCUAACAACCUUCUCACCGCUUGGCUACAGCUGGAAACCAGGUGGAGAGACGAGCGGGUUCUCCUCUCCCAGCUGAGCAACGAGGUCAUGGAUAAUAUCCUUCCACAGCCGGAUAAAGUCUGGAGUCCCAUGUACGACCUGGAUAAUGCUGUGUUCCAGGAUAAAGUGGCCUAUAGACGCCGUGAGAACAUUUUCGUCACUACCAGUGCCAUUAAGAUAACCGAGGGGAAAAUCGACUGUAUUAGGGGUUACGAAGGGUACGUUUAUAAUGCAAGUGUGGAAGCCGAGUUGCAAAGGCGUGAGGAUUUCAUGGCUUCCUACAUCUGCAACUUCGACCUCUCUCUGUUCCCUUUCGACGUGCACGAGUGUCAUGUCAAUAUCUCGGUCAUGAAUCGCGGUUCUUUCUACGCCAGCUUCGAUCCUCAGGACAUCAAGAUCAUUUCGUCAGCAUCUUCUCUGACGUUAUUCGAAGCGUCAGAACUGCGAUACCGCUAUGGCGACACCACGGAGAACAUCACCGCAAUAAGUCUAAGGAUUCUGCUGAGACGUCAGUACGGAGCCUACCUCUUCACCACCUUCCUGCCGUGCUGGAUCCUUGGCGUCAUCGGCUUCGGGACCCUUUACUUCAAGAGACAAGACUUCAGUGACCGGAUUGGCGUGACUCUCUCCUGCCUGAUCGUCAUCGCUGCCCUCUUCUCUCAAAUCACCUUCACGAUCCCGCAGUCAUCCUCCCCGAAGGUCAUCGACGUCUACUUCUUCUACUUCAUCGUCCGCCUCUUCAUCACCUUCGCCCACCACGGCAUCUUCGCCUUCCUCCGCGGCGCCAAAGUCCGGAAAAUCGCCGACCGUGAAGACAGCGGCGCGGAGGACCCGCCUCGCGUCACGAGGAACCACCCUCACGUCGGAGAGGACUUCGAAAAGGAGAAGUUCGACGUCCUGGCGAGCGACGGAGAGCCUCAUUUACAACGAAGUCCUAUAGCAACGAAAAUGACUCGGAAAAAAACUUGGAGAAAGUGUUCUUGUUGUCUCCGAAUGCCGUCGUGCGUAACGCAUCGGGUUUGGUCGUCCGAGAUGCCGUCGUGCGCUCAGGCCUUCAACGUCGCGGGCAUCGUCUGGUGCAUCGCCAUUGAUCUAGCUUGUAUGACCCUUUUAUUUUGCUGGAUUUACAGUGCUCGCCAAGGAGCCGCGCGCAGCUUUGAAGAGAAUCGACUGUAACGGUUUACUUUCUGUCAUUUUUAAUGUGAUUUGAUUGUCUUCAUGGCUUAUGAAUAAUCCGAUUUCACUCUUUUUGGUCGUAUAGAAAAUUCGAUUUGCCAAACGAGUAUGCAGGAAGCUGCUAAUCAUCAAAGAUGUAGAUAUCGGCAGCAGUCGAAUGUAGAUUUAAUGAUUGUAUCGAAAUCCCCCAAAUCAUUUCUGAUUUCGAUGAUGACACACUCCAUCUCGAUCAAAACAGAUAAAAGGGGUGAAUGUACUAUACCAUAAUGUCACGUGCUGCGCAAACUGUGAACCCGAAGUUUUUUUUUUUUACUUUGCUAUAAGCAGCUUAACAUUAAAAAGGCUUCCGUUUGAACAAGAAUCGUGGAUGGAACCGGAAGAAUUUAUAAAUAUGUCUAUGUCUAAAGGAGUCUGUUUCCAAUACACAUUUGUUUCGUCUUGUAUUGUUAAAAGAAGAAAGGUGUGAACAAAGAACUGUGAAUAUAUCCCAUUUAUAUGCACGCUAUAUGUUAUGAAUAUACAAAUAUAUACAUUAUCUCUC